CAUCAUCCAGAAAACUCCAACCACUCUGAGCUGUCAUACCCUCCUCCUACAAAAGAGAGAUAGAGGGGGAGUCACACUACAGCCAAGAGAGGAGAGGAGAGCUUGAGAAGAAGAGAAUCAGAGGAGAAAAACACGCAUCUCGUUCCAUCCACCUUUAAUUUCCUCUGGGCUCUUGGCAGGGGAAGGCAGGUGCGCAAAUCACUCCAUCUUUUUCUCGCACCUCUCCUCGUUUGGCCGUUCUUCUGCUUUUCUCCCCUAAGUGGAGGAGAGUUUUGCGGAAGCGAAGGGAUUCGCAGACGCAGGAUGGUCAACAACCUGAUUGAAUGCGAGGAGGAAGAGGCAGCCGCCAACAGUCAGGUGGUCAACACCACCUGUCCACCCAAGAAAGGAGAUGGUAACCCAAAGGAGAGCAGUCCAUUCAUCAACAGCACUGACCCAGAGAAGAACCAGCAAUAUGACGGCAAGAACAUGGCUCUGUUUGAGGAGGAGAUGGACACAAUUCCCAUGGUAUCGUCUCUUCUCAGCAGUCUUGCCAACUACUCAAAUCUGCCCCAGGGCAGCAAAGAACACGAGGAGGCGGAAAACAAUGAAGGCUCACGCAAGAAACCUGUCCAGGCUCCGCGGAUGGGAACACUGAUGGGUGUCUACCUGCCCUGCCUUCAGAACAUCCUGGGCGUGAUUCUGUUUCUCAGGAUGACUUGGAUGGUGGGCAUCGGCGGCGUCAUCGAGUCCUUCAUCAUCGUGCUCAUGUGCUGCUCCACGACGAUGCUCACUGCCAUCUCCAUGAGUGCCAUUGCAACAAACGGCGUCGUGCCAGCUGGAGGCUCCUAUUACAUGAUCUCUCGUUCUCUGGGCCCUGAGUUCGGUGGAGCUGUAGGCAUCUGUUUCUACUUGGGCACCACCUAUGCUGGAGCCAUGUACAUCCUGGGCUGCAUCGAGAUCCUGCUGGUGUACAUCGUACCACAAGCGGCUGUUUUUAAGAUGGAGGGUCUGGAGGGAGCCGAGGCCGAGGCCGCCAUGCUGAACAACAUGCGUGUUUACGGCACGCUGGUGCUCAGCUUCAUGGCUAUUGUGGUGUUUGUAGGAGUGAAGUACGUGAACAAGCUUGCGCUGCUCUUCCUCGCCUGUGUCAUCUGCUCGAUCCUCGCCGUCUACGCCGGAGUGAUCAAAACUGCCUUCGAUCCUCCGGUCUUCCCAGUGUGUGUGCUGGGAAACCGAACUCUGGUUUGGAAAGGCUUCGAUGUGUGCGCGAAGGUCAUUGAGAGAGAAAACGCCACGGUCACAACCAAGCUCUGGCAGAUCUUCUGCGACUCUGAGUUCCUGAACGCCACCUGCGACAGCUAUUUCGCCAACAACAACAUCACGGAAAUACAGGGAAUCCCCGGAGUUAUGAGUGGUAUUCUGCGCGAGAAUCUCUUUGGGAAUUAUAUGGAUAAGGGAGCGUUCAUUGAGAAGUUGGGACUACCCUCCAUUGAUGAACCAGAUUCUCAGCCGACAAACACCAACCGCUACGUGCUUGCAGACAUCACCAGCUUCUUCACCAUGCUGGUGGGCAUCUACUUCCCCUCCGUGACAGGUAUCAUGGCUGGAUCAAACCGAUCCGGUGAUUUGCAGGAUGCCCAAAAGUCCAUUCCCAUCGGCACCAUCCUGGCCAUCACCACCACCUCCAUCAUCUAUAUGUCCAGUGUGCUUCUGUUUGGUUCCUGCAUCGAGGGAAUGGUGCUGAGGGAUAAGUUUGGUGAGGCGGUCAGGGGGAAUCUGGUGAUCGGGACACUGGCGUGGCCUUCACCUUGGGUCAUCGUCAUCGGUUCCUUCUUCUCCACCUGUGGUGCAGGGCUUCAGAGUUUGACAGGUGCUCCGCGUCUCCUACAGGCCAUUGCACGAGACGGUAUCGUGCCGUUCCUCAGGGUGUUUGGUCAUGGAAAAGCAAACGGGGAGCCCACCUGGGCGUUGCUCCUGACCGCAUGCAUCUGUGAGAGUGGAAUUCUCAUUGCUUCUCUGGAUAACGUCGCUCCGAUUCUCUCCAUGUUUUUCCUCAUGUGUUACAUGUUUGUGAAUCUGGCCUGUGCUGUCCAGACUCUGCUCAGAACGCCCAACUGGAGACCGCGAUUCAAGUUCUACCACUGGACUCUAUCCUUCCUCGGCAUGAGCCUCUGUCUCUCGCUCAUGUUCAUCUGUUCUUGGUACUAUGCCAUUGUUGCCAUGGGAAUCGCCGGCUGUAUCUACAAGUAUAUAGAGUUUCGAGGGGCGGAAAAGGAAUGGGGUGAUGGUAUACGAGGUGUGUCUCUCAGCGCGGCCCGCUUCGCCCUCAUGAGGCUGGAAGAGGGACCACCGCACACCAAGAACUGGAGGCCUCAGAUUUUAGUCCUGGUCAGCAUGGACUCUGAGCUGAACGUGGAGCAGCCGCGUUUGCUAUCUCUGACCAAUCAGCUGAAGGCUGGGAAGGGUCUGACCAUCGUGGGCACAGCGCUGGAGGGAACCUACCUGGAAAACCAUCCUCAAGGACAGCAAGCCGAACAGUCUCUGAGGAAGCUCAUGGAGGCGGAGAAGGUGAAGGGUUUCUGUCAGGUGGUCAUCUCUUCUAACAUGAGGGAUGCCACGUCACAUUUGGUCCAGGCCGGAGGUUUGGGAGGUCUUCAGCACAAUACUGUUCUGGCCUCCUGGCCACGCAACUGGAAACAGGCCGAGGAUCAUCAGAGCUGGAGGAACUUCAUCGAGCUGGUAAGAGAAACCACUGCUGCCAGUAAAGCCCUGAUGGUGCCCAAAAACAUCUCUGCCUUCCCGUCAAACGGAGAGCGUUUCACAGAGGGUCACAUUGACGUCUGGUGGAUCGUUCAUGAUGGAGGCAUGCUGAUGCUGCUGCCCUUCCUCCUCCGCCAGCACAAGGUUUGGAGGAAGUGCAAGAUGCGCAUCUUCACUGUUGCCCAGAUGGACGAUAACAGCAUCCAGAUGAAGAAGGACCUGACCACCUUCCUGUAUCACCUGCGCAUAGACGCCGCAGUGGAGGUGGUGGAGAUGCAUGAGAGCGAUAUCUCCGCGUACACGUAUGAGAAGACCCUGAUGAUGGAGCAGAGAUCUCAGAUCCUGAAGCAGAUCAACCUCACCAAGACUGAGCGUGAACGUGAGAUCCAGAGCAUCACUGACAGUUCUCGCGGGUCGAUUCGCCGUAAGAACCCGGCCGCUGUCACGACCCAUCUGACUGUGACUGAGGAACCGGUGGCCUGCAAAAAAGAGGAGAAACCAGAAGAGGAGUCUGUCCCUGUGUCCACAUCCCAACAGGAACAGCUCAUUCAUGACCAGAGUACCAACCCACCGACCCCUGCCACACCGCAGUCCCCCAGCGCAGAUGCAGAGACCCCCGGCACGGCUGUUCAGAUGACAUGGACCGAAGCCAAGUGUGAUGGAGAGCAAGCCAAACCUAUAGGAGCCACGACACCAGAGGCCAUCAAAGACCUCUUCAACAUGAAACCAGAGUGGGAAAAUCUAAACCAGUCCAACUUGAGGCGCAUGCACACUGCACUCAGACUCAAUGAAGUUAUCGUAAAGAAAUCCCAGGAGGCCAGACUAGUCCUGCUCAACAUGCCCGGACCGCCCAAAAACAGGAGCGGCGACGAGAACUACAUGGAAUUCAUGGAGGUUUUAACCGAAGGUCUCAACCGGGUCCUCCUCGUGCGUGGUGGAGGUCGCGAGGUCAUCACCAUCUACUCUUAAGAAACUAGUCGACUUCGACCCAUCCCAUUUGCCCUCCUUCCCCAGUGUGGCCCAAGCAAUAUCCCAGAAUUCCCUUCCAUCAACCAGCGUCAUUCGUCCAACAGAAAAUCCCAUUCUACUGGUCUGCCAAGCUCUCACUGGCCAAACAUCGUUCUUGGCGUUACUCUCGUUCAUGAUGGACGUGAUCUACACUUCACUGUUCUAUGAAGUGCACUGUUGAUGUCAGUGGGUAUUUGUUCAAUGCCCCGUCUGCUGUAGCUUUCCUACAUUAUCUGUCAAUCACUACUUUCACCCAAUCAGGAGAAGUGGGUGGGUUGGGAUUUAUUUGAUUUUAUUUAUUUGUUUCGAGGAAGAGGAUCCAGAAAAGAAUGUGCAACGACAAGGAUUCGACGUUCAAAACUACGUCAGAGAAAUACUUCUGCUCUGGAAAAGACUGACAACCUUGGGAAAAGAUUUUAAUGGUUUGAGCUCGAUCGCUUUGGUCUGCAGAUUGGUCAAAUGUGAAAUAAUAAUGAGUUAAUGCUAUAAUGUGAACUGUGAAAUGUGAAGUUUAAAGUCAGCAUGAAAUGAAACUUAGACCUUUUUACUUUUCGUUAAAAAAAAGAAAAAACAUCAUUGCAUGUUAUUGCAAAGAAAGAAUUGUUUUUAUAAUCAAAAUAUAGAAAUUGCUCCUGAAAACCUCUGAAACAUAUCCAAUCCAUCUUGUUUUUUAACCCCCAAUCAAAUCUAUCUUCCAUUUUUUGGUUAUCUUCCUGAAUGCUUGCAUCACUGAAGUAAAAUGGUUUGCGAACGGCAUUUCACGUUGACUUUAAGCGGGUUCGUCUUUUGUUUUUGUUUUGUCUCAUCAACCUCCUCCAUGUUUUUAUUUGUUCCUUGCUAUCCCCCCUGCCAAAUACAGUCACAAUAUGUGCCAAAAAACAAGGCUGGCAGGGCGUGCGACUUGCUGUUUGACAGCAAAGCAGCGAGUGAGAGUCUAUCGGUGCAACCGACACUGUAAAUAACAAAAGAACGAGCUAGAAAAAAAAAUGAAAAAAGUACUCAGCCAGUCUGAAGUAGUGUAAAUAGUGUACAAGGCAUUAUUAAAUAUCGGUGUAGUAUUUAUGUUGUGAAAUAACCGAAGAUUCUGGUGAAGAAACGCUGUUGUCUUACAGGGUCAGGGUGUUUUGGGUGGCUACAGGCUUCACUUUAGCAGCUUGAAGUGUAUUAUACCGAACCUCCCCUCCCCAAAAAGCACUCAAACUGCACUGACAGCCACUGUGUAACAAAUGAUUUAAUGAGUCUGUGGAUUCAUUAAAUGAACGUGUGUGUGUGUGUGUGUGUGUGUGUGAGUGACUGAAUGAGCAAAUUGCAUCCUUGAGCAAAUGGAAGUUACCCAUUUAUUUAUUUUUUUCCCCAUUUUGCUAUAAAGAAAUCCUCUAUGUUUGUUGCAUUUACAGACAGAUUUGUAUGGAUUAGCUAUAUCAUCGACAAAAUCUAUAUUAUAUUGCACCGGAAAGUCACAGAGCUAUAUAUAGAGUAUUAUAGUAUCUGAUUGUAUUGCCAAACUUCGAUUUCACUCGUGCCAUGUGAAUGAAUAUGUGAAUUGUCAAUAGAAACCAAUAUUGAUAACAAUGUCACUUUAAACACAAAUGCUGCACUCACCUCAAAGUUUCUAACUUUGAAACUUGAUUUCUUUAACUGUGACAUCGUGUCAAAGUUGGAAACUCUGAAUUAUAUAAUUGAGAGACUUUAUAUAAAAACAUCCGAAUUGGCAGCGGCUUCAGUAGUUGCAUGCUUUUUUGAGAUGUGAUUUUUUUGUUACUGUGCAAUUGCAAGAAGUGAAUUUGUGUGAUUUUAAAGAAGUAGAUUGCUGUCGUUAUCAAUAAAGCUGCAUAUGGAUCCAUUUUGGGGGCGUCACCACAGAAACUAAUCAUUUCUGAGUCCAUAAACACCUCAGAAUAGACUUUCGGUUGUCGUUUGGUAAUUACAGUAAUUCUGACGUGACGUGAACGCAGCAAAGGUUAUAAAGCAUUAUAAAUUAAAUAGCACCCAGAAAUCUGAACUCUAUGCAGCGUGACUGUAAUGCAUUAACCAAAUCACGAAAUUAUAUUUGAGAUGCAAAAUUAACCAGAGAUUGUUUGCAAAAUUAUGUUUUGACCAUAGAAAAAUAGAUCAGAAAGUGUAUUUUUUAGAGCAUUAAUUGGGAAAUCAUAUAUUCAUUGCAUUAUUUAUUUUUGUAGAGAUAUAGGCUAUUUUAUACAAUCUUUUUCUUUAGCAGAAAUACCAAUAACUGCAUACACACACAUACAAAUAUACGUAUAUAUAUAUAACACGAAUAUAUAGAUAUACACUAUAUAUAUAUAUAUAUAUAUAUAUAUAAAACUUUAAUCUCACUGGUAAGAAAGUAUAUACAGUAGUUUAUGAAGAUAGUACUGAUUAUUCUAUGUUUAAACAUGGCAAAACCUCUCAUAAGAUAUGAAUGCUGCUGCUAGUGUAUGAAUAGAUAUGGAUUGUGCGUGUACAUAAAGCGAAAGAUUAAAUAUUUAAAGGCAUAUUAACGAGGGGAGGUGUUGAUGCUGAGAUUGCAUACCACUUUUAACGUUUGUAUUGAAAACGACUUCAGCCUUAUAUGAUCAACUUUAACAUGUUUUAUUUUGUUUAUUUUCCAUUUCAAGUGACGACAAUGUUCACUGAAUCUGAACAAAACGCAAAACGUGCGUCAAAACGAGACGCAGUUUUUAACAUAAUACUGCCUGCGUAGACUGAGCCUCUGAUGACGUUUCGACAAUAGGUUCACUUAACGAUAUUUUUUUAACAAACACUUAUGAUACGCUUCGUUUGCAUGGUGUGUGUUGUAAAAAUGUAAUUUUCGUAAAUGUGAAAAGAGCAGUUUCUGGAAUAAUGUCAAGGCAGCUUUUUCAGAUUGUUGUCGCGACUCAACGGCAAAAUGUUUAACUUAGCAUUCUUAGGUAUACACUUAGAGUGGCGGGAUACUGUGCGUUGUUUUUGGCUUUGUACAUAAUAUCGCUCUGAAGACACUGUAGCUACAGGGUUGUCGUUCCCUGUUGUGUUUUUUAGGAUGCUUUUAGUACACACGGUAUAAACAACUUUUUUGUUUUCAAUGGUAACGUGCAAUAUUGAUUUCCACAGAAAACAGUAUGUACGGCAGAUUUUAAGUUGCUAGUUUGCCCACAAUUCUGCUUCUUGUAGAGUUCAUCGGCAUGCUUUGUAUGCUAGAGUGUGCGUCACAUCUGUUCUAUGGUGGCUGAGAUAGAAAUGCACUUUAUACAAGUUUACGUUAUUUAAGUCAAUGGCGACAGUGACGAUUGGGUUGCCAGAAUCAUGAGCAUGCCAGAUCCAUUUCGGCACUGAUGCCUCUUGUGGCGAGAGUGUGUACUGCAUCGGCCGUAGGGCCACGUCAACGAAGACCAGACAGUUUUGUUCGCUGUGGUAGCAUACUACCUGAAGAUUGAUUUUAUUAUGCUGUAAAACAAAAAAAAAGUGUGUUUGCUGUUUAUUUGGCAUGAAUUUCUAGCAUUUCUUGUAAUUAAUGAUGAAAAGAGUAUACAUAGAUGUUAAAAAAGAUAUAUUUCUAAUACGAAUCACUGAGUUGAUGUGGUAACACUUUCUUGACAUUUCCAUUCCUCCAACUUUUCAAUCCCUAUGUCAUUUCCAAACCUACAAGCACUGUUUUAAUGUGAUCACAGUAUAAAAAGACUAUAAACAAGCGCUUCCAUUGCUGGGCUUGGCUCUAUUCAAACUGACAGUGGACUCAUCACAUUCCCAGUCUUUUUUCCUUUCUUCAACAUCUCUCAAUGAAUACCUGGCUUGUGUGUAGCAUAAAGGAAAUCAUGUGUAUUCCUUCGCCAAGGAAUACUGAGGCAUUCAACACAUCUUGGGAAAAAAAGGGCUCUGAAUAACAGUCUAAACUCGGUUCUGAAGUUUGACCCACGCCACUGGAUGUUCUUGAAAAACAAAAAAAAAUUGGAAAUCUUGCUUAAUUGGAUUAAUCCUGCACUCUUAGAAAUAAAGGUUGCUCGCUGUAUUUUAGGUUCUUGCUGUUUGAAAAAGUUAUGCUGAUUCUUCAGAUCAGGGUUGCAUUUCCCAAAACCAUAGUUGCAAUGGGAAAUUGCAUUGCAACCAACAAAGUUGCUAACUUAGCAACUAUGGUUUUGGGAAACGCACCCCAGAUCGGUUUUGGUUUCUAGGUUCUUUAAAGCACCAGAAUAUAAAGUUUAAAAACCUUUAUUUUUGAGAGUUUGCUCCCAUGACGUUUACCUCUAAAGUCACCAGAAGGCGUGUUAUUUGUUUUGCUUGACAUUCCAGUAGCUUUGGUGGAAACUGUGCAGCUCUUCAUGCAUGUGAGCGAUGAACAUGUGAAGCUCUGUGAAAGUCCAAAUGUUGAAAUCUGAAUCAAAUCCAUCUGAACCAGUUGAAAUAGAGCCAGGACCUGGGUCCGUUGUCCUGUUCAACGCAUGCACAUUAUCCUGAACGAGCUGAUUGUUAUGUUCACACCAGUUUAUUUCAGUACUUUUAAUUGUAAAUGUGUUAUUUUUAUCAGAUGUUUGGUGUUCUUGUUGUACACAACGGUUUCAAAUAGUAUCUUAGUGUGAAUGAAUAUUGAUUGGUUAAAGAAGUCUAUUUUUACUAUAGAUAGUUUAGCCAAGGCGAAGACCAUUUAGCUUUUACUACAAUUAUCAGUGUAUUAAUUUAUUUAAAGAAGAACUGAUUACCAAAGUUAUUUAUGUUAACCUGGGUAUGUGUUUAGUCUACUGUCAUUCUGAAUGAAUUAAAAAGAAACCUGAGGGUUUGUUUUGUUUAGCAGUAAAAACCAUUUACACCGGUUUGUACUUUAACACACAAAUGAGUGGCUAUAUGUUAACAAAAAAGUGCAAUGCUUAUGUUAUGCAUAUUUUCUUUGUUAUUUAUUUAAUAUUAUCAUAAAAAUCAACUUUUUAACUCUAGGGCCGAUUUCAAGCACACAAAUUAAGCUAAAAGGACGCAAUAUUUUAAAGUGGUUAUUCACUAAAAUAUAAAAAUAUAUAGCUCAAAAAUACAUGUAAUUUGACUCUCUAAAAAUGCAUAUGCAUUUUUUAUUUUUUAAGUCCCCUACUAAUUUGAUUGUAAAAGCAGAUUUGACGGCUUAUUGCUUUUUUUACAGCACAGCUGUAAGUAAACAAAUUGAGACGACUAUGAGAAAAAUAUACUAACCAAAUCCUACUUUUGUCUUGGCUUUGCUUCUCUGAAAGGAGUUAUUGAAUCACUCGCUUUGGGCAAUUCACUGAUUUCACGGUUUGCAGACGAUAGCGCAAUUAAUUCUAGAUCAGAACAUUAGUUUUACAUGGAAAAUGACAAAAUCCCUCAGGCUUGUUUUUGAUUCAUUUGAAAUGAAAACACUUUGUAUGAACAUUUGAAAGGGAAUGUAGUGGAGAAAAGCCGAUUUUCUUUUUCCCUUUUUUCUCUGUUCUGGGAUUUUAUGGUCAUAUUAGUGUGUUUUUCAGUUGUAUGUGUGAGAGAGUGUGUGUGUACAGUGAUGUACACACAGCAGAUGUGCUCAUGUAAAUAUAGCAGAACUAGUUAGUGUUGAGGUGUUUAUUUUUUGUGUCAGUGUAAGUUGAAUAUUUUAAAAAGAUUAAAAAUGAAUAUAAUCUAUUGUGUUUCAUGGUACAUAAAGAAAAUAAUGUAGUUUUAUCUUACAUUUCAAAUGCUUUAUCUCUAUGGCUUCUACAAAACUCCCAUUCCACUUUAUAGAAUUGUCAGCACAAAAUGCAAUAAACGAAUACCAUUUUAUAAUGGAUUAUAUCAUCUAGUCUUCAUUCGGAGCAGGUUUUCAAAAGCUCAAAAUCUUAAUCCUGGUCCACAUUUGGAUGUCAUUUAUACUACACACCUGAAUGAUAUCAUGUGCUCAUUAGUAGAGACUCCAAGACUUGGUUGUGAUUUAAAUACAUUUCUGAAGAGGUUUACUGUGAAAACUGUCAGCUAAAGCACUGAAAUUGCUAUAAAAUAUUGAAACAAACAUUAAAGUCAGUUCUUUUGAAA